ACGUAAUUGUAAAUCUCUUUCUGAAUCAGACGGCUUCGAGGUAGCACCACAGAUAAGGCGUCGCCAUGCUCGUAGCGCGUAUUAUCGGAAAGUAUUAUCUAACCCACGCGCGCGAGUUCUUUUUGUGGUUCGGCUCGCACACGGUGUUUCAGUCGAGGUGCGCCAGGCGAGCGAGUUCAAUGAGUUGCGCGCAUGUGAAUGGCAUCCACGCUUCCACCCGUAGCUAUUCGAGCGACAGCGAAAUGUCUGGUCCGAGGAAUUUGUCCGAGGUGACGAGGGAAGAGCUGCAGAGGUUUUUGGAUUCUUUCGAUGUCGUUUUCUCGGAUUGCGACGGUGUUCUGUGGAUCCUUGAGAAGUCGAUCGAGGGAUCCAUCGAGUGUCUUAAAAAGCUGCAGGAUCUCGGCAAAAAAGUCCACCUGGUGUCGAACAACAGCACAUUGAGCUUCGAUCAAUACCAGAAGAAAGUGGAAAAAGGUGGAAUGGAUUUGAAACCGGAACAACUAAUAAUUACGUCAAAAGUGAUCAGUUGGUAUCUAAAGAAGAUCAAUUUCACCGAUGAAGCCUUCGUCAUCGCCAGCAGGGCGUUUCGAGACACAUUUGCGAGCGCUGGUAUCAAAAUGACACCGAAAGAAGUCCCAUUGAUCGUCGAAAACAACGUUACCGUGUCGGUGAACAACACGUUCAACGUCUCAUCGAGUAAAGCGGUCAUCGUUGAUUUCUGGUUGAACAUCGAUUACUCGAAAAUGGCGUAUGCCAUCAAUUGCCUGAAGGCCGGAGACACUUUGUUCUUGGCUGGACCAAUGGACGAGUGGAUCAUCUGCGGCGAAGAUAUGCAUAUCUUAGGCCCAGGACCGAUAAUCGAUCUGCUUAGCACGCAAAGCGGGAAAAAGCCGAUCGUAUGCGGAAAACCCAGCGCAGCUCUGAAGGAUUACAUUCUGGAGAUAUGCGACGUGAAGGAUAAAAAACGAUGUUUAUUUAUCGGUGAUACACUGCAAACCGACAUGAGGUUCGCAAAAGACUGUGGGUUCCAGACACUUUUCGUGGCUUCGGGUCUCGAUAAGAUAGAGGACGCGUUGCAGAAACCUGAGACACAACCGGACUACUAUGUUUCGAGUCUAGGGGCCCUACUGAACACUUUGAACUAGCUAUACGACGACCAAUAACUUAUGUUGUUCUAUAAUGUUGUGUAAUUAUAAAAAUUUGAAUACACGAGAGGCUAUUGUGAGAAUAUUUUAUGAAAUGAAUUUGGAUAUAUUAAAU